GAAUCCCCAUGUGUCUCAUUAGCGCCAUUUUCCUGCAUAAUGAGCUGGACGGUGAAGACUUUGGUGCUCCCCUUGGUGCUGCUGUGCGCGUGGCGACUACAGGAAGGCGCACAAGCCUGUACGUGCGUUCCCAUGCAUCCACAGACGACAUUUUGCCAAGCGGAUGUGGUCAUGAAGGUGCUGGUGGUUUCAAGGAAGAUGGUUGGUGAAUUGGACGAAACCAUCAUGUAUAACGUCAAACCAAUUAAGAAAUUCAAGGGUGAUCACGGUGUUAGUUCCUUCUACACUGCAGCCUCCUCAGCGGCCUGUGGAGUGACUCUGACCACUGGUGUGGAAUAUCUUAUCACAGGCCGACUGACACGUGACAAGAUGUUGCAAGUCUCACUGUGCGAGUUCGUUGCACCCUGGAACAGCCUGAGCGACUCCCAAAAAGUCAACUUAGAAGGCCGCUACCGAAUGGGCUGCUCUUGCCAGAUCACUCCCUGCCGUGCCUUGCCGUGCAGGAGCAACAACCCAGCUGAGUGCUUGUGGGCUGACUUCAUUACCAACUCUGUCAAAAUGGAGCAGGCUAAAUAUUUUGCUUGUUUGAAGAAAGGUCGAAGCCCUUGUACCUGGUCCAAGGGGGGGGCUGACUUGCCCACAAAGCAUUCCAAGGACACUAAAGGCCGUUGAAAUUUUCCACCAUGCAGAAGAUCCCAAUGUAUAAAUAAACUCUAUAAAAGCAA